AUGCAGAGCCCAAAAACCCUGAAAGAGAUACAACGUCUAGUCGGCAGGCUCACAGCCUUAUCCCGUUUCAUUCCGAAACUAGUUGAACACAUCAGGCCCAUCCUAAAGAACAUGAAGAAGGGCACCACCCAGCACUGGGACGAUGAUUGUGAAACAGCCUUCAAUGCUGUCAAACACAUUCUUACCAGCCCUCCAAUCAUGGCGCGACCGGUAGCUGGAUCCGACUUGCAAUUAUACAUCGCAGCGUCCAAUCACGCUGGAGUGGAGGAGCGGUACUCUCAAAUCGAGAAGGUAGCAUUGGCCUUGCUCACAGCUUCACGCCGACUUCGAUCGUAUUUCCAAAGUCAUCAGGUGGUUGUCCGCACUAAUCACCCGAUCGCCAAGAUCCUCCGAAAACUCGACUUGGCAGGGAGGAUGGUCUCCUGGUCAGUGGAACUUUCUGAGUUCGGACUCCGUUAUGAACUUCGGGGAUCCAUUAAGGGUCAGCACCUGGUAGAUUUUGCAGCCGAGCUGACACCCACACUUGACGGCUCAACACCAAGGUGGCUCCUCAACGUGGACGGAUCCUCGGACAAAAGUGGGGGAGGAGCUGGUAUUGUUCUGGAAGGACCUAAUGGUCUAAUCGUGGAGCAAGCCAUCACAUUCUGGUUCCCAGCUAGCAAUAACCAAGCAGAGUAUGAAGCUUUGAUCGCUGGUCUAGCCCUAGCCAAAGAACUCACGGUCGCUCGAUUAGAGUGCAGGAUGGAUUCACAACUGGUGGUCGGGCAUAUGAACGGAACGCAUCAGGUUAAGGAUAAUCAAUUGCUGCGCUACUUCCACAAAGCUAGCAUCCUCCUCCAGGACUUCGUCGAGGUUAGCAUUAUCCAUGUGCCCAGGGAGAAAAAUGCGAGACCAGAUCUCCUGUCUAAAUUAACUCACUCCAAGGAGAGAGCACAGUUGUCUUCAAUCAUCAAGAUGACGCUCGACCACCCAGUCGUGGAAGCUUUCGUCACCGAUGUUCCGACGCCGGCGACGGAUUGGAGACAGAACAUACGGGACUUGAUGAUGAAGCAGGACCGAGGGGAAAAGGUUACCGCGAGUGAUUCCAAACGCAUCGCACGUUUUCUAUACAUAGGCGACGACUUAUACAGACGCGGCCAUAACACACCCUUGUUGAAGUGCAUAUCAGCGGAAGAAGCUGACUACGUCUGGCGUGAGCUCCACACCGGGAUCUACGGUUUUCAUUCGGGUAAACGAACGCUCAGAGCACGCGCCCACGGUCAUGAUGUCCACGUCCCUCCUGAAGAAUUGCAUGGCAUCAUCUCCCCUUGGUCGUUCGCUCAAUGGGGAAUCGACAUAGUCGGACCAUUGCCCCUCGCCAAAGCUCAGAAUAAAUUCCUCCUAGUGGCAGUCGACUACUUCACCAAAUGGAUAGAGGCUGAACCACUGUCCAUAAUCAGCGCCCAACGAGUACAGAAGUUCAUUUGGCACUUGAUAUGCCGAUUUGGUCUGCCACAAAAGAUCAUCACCGACAACGGCAGACAGUUCAUUGAGAGAAAAUUGGAGGAAUUCCUCAGCAUCCUGGGCAUUAAACACGUGACCAGCUCAGUGGAGCAUCCACAAACUAAUGGACAAGCCGAGGCCGCGAACAAAGCCUUGCUCACUGAAUUGAAAAAGCGACAUGGCGAGGCUAAAAGUUUGUGGGUAGAAGAACUACCCGAAGUCUUAUGGGCGUACAGAUGCACCCCGCACGGAUCCACCGGGGACACUCCGUUCAAUUUGACGUACGACACUGACGCCAUGCUCCCAGUCGAGGUAGGAGAGCUAUCCCUAAGACGCGGCAUCACCAACAUGACCCUUAAUGAUGAACAGUUGCAGAUGAAUCUCGACACCCUGCUAGAGCGUCGAGAAGUCGCCACCGUCCGUGCUGAGGCCCAAAAAAGAAUGCUCUCCCGCCGCUAUAACACCAAGGUCAAGCCCCGAGCGUUCAAAAAUGGCGAUCUUGUGUGGCGGAAAAGGGGAGAAGCCAGAAAGAAUAGAGCACACGGAAAAUUAGCGGCCAAUUGGGAGGGACCAUUUCGCGUCGUUGAGGACCUAAUGAAUGGGGCAUACCGCCUCCAACUCCUCAAUGGACAACUCGUCCCCAACACGUGGAAUGCUACUCACCUCAAAUACUAUUUUAGUUGA